UCCUCCUCCCCAGGUCGAAUAAGAGUGCUGGGCUGAAGGAUGCUGGAGCAGAGUAGCGGCGCAUCAUCAGGACCACGAGUGGAAGGAUGGAGACGCGCUGUGAGAUGUAGACAAAUAACUUGUCGUGCCAUUAAGAGAAACUGGACAACCAUCUGUUCCUUCGCUGUGACAACUCUGAAACAGCAGCUACAUACCUUCUCUCUCCAGUGAUCUAUUGCUCAUAUUGAUGACAAACGCCACGUCGGCGCAGCUUAGCGCUGCCUUGGUGAGUGAAGCGUUUCUAAUGGAAACAAAACCAUAUGAGAUCCAGCUGGUCACAAUACUCCUCAAUGCAGCAUAAUGCCUUCAAAGGUGUCAUGUCUAUACCUGCUGACAGUGGUCUGCUGGGCGAGCGCUCUCUGGUACUUGAGUAUAUCUCGUCCAACGUCCACCGAGGUUGGCCAAAUAUCGCUGUCUACACGGAAGUCAGCAAAGGCUCACAAAAACAUCACCUUUACCAACAUCCGCACUCGCUCCCUCAACCCGCACACCUAUGAAUUUGUCAUAAACGAGUCCAAAAAGUGCGAGAGUAUCACGCCCUUCUUGGUUAUACUCAUCAGCAGCACCCACAAGGAGUUUGAUGCACGGCAAGCCAUCAGAGAAACCUGGGGGGACGAGAGCAGCUUCACUGAUAUCCGCAUCCUCACCAUCUUCCUGCUGGGAUGGAACACAGACUCGGUACUGAACCAGAUGGUGGAGCAAGAGAGUCAGAUAUUUCAUGACAUUGUGGUGGAGAACUUCAUUGAUUCCUACCACAACCUCACCCUCAAGACCAUGAUGGGCAUGCGCUGGGUGGCAACCUUCUGCCCUAAAGCGCAGUAUGUGAUGAAAACUGACAGUGACAUUUUUGUCAACAUGGACAACCUUAUCUAUAAGCUCCUGAAGCCCACCACCAAACCGAGGAGACGAUAUUUUACCGGCUACGUAAUAAACGGAAGUCCCAUCAGAGACAUGCGCAGCAAGUGGUACAUGUCCAGAGACUUGUACCCUGACAACAAGUAUCCGCCUUUCUGUUCGGGCACCGGAUACGUGUUCUCAGCAGAUGUGGCUGAACUUAUCUUCAAGACUUCGUUGCACACGAGACUGUUGCACCUGGAGGACGUCUAUGUGGGGCUGUGUUUGCGAAAGCUGGGUAUACACCCUUAUCAGAACAGUGGUUUUAAUCACUGGAAAAUGGCCUACAGCCUGUGCAGGUACAGACGUGUUAUCACCGUUCACCAGAUCUCGCCGGAGGAGAUGCACCGCAUUUGGAAUGACAUGUCCAGCAAGAAACAUCUGAGGUGUUAGUGGACAUCAGGGGGUUGGGGUGGGGGGACUUCAGCCUUUGUUUAUUUUUUAAUUUUCAAACUCAUAAGUGUUACAGACUGAUACAAGUCAACUCUCAAAGGCCGCUCCAUGUUUGUGUUUCAUGAAGAAUGUUCGCUUCUUACGCACAUCUCUCUCUCUCUUUCUCUCUCUCUCUCUCUCUCUGUCUCUCUGUCUGUCUGUCUGUCUCUCUCUGUCUCUCUCUGUCUCUCUCUGAUUCUGCUUAUUUGAAACACAAUCCUUAAUGAAUGCAUGGCUCUUGUACUGUAUAGUUCAUACUCUGACAUGAAGCUAAACUGUAGCGUUAAUACUCAGUGUUUUUGCCCAUAUUUGUAGACAAGCAACUCCAUUACAGAAUUACUUUGGCGCAUUAGGACUAACAGCAUCAUACGUUAAAGAGUACGGCCUGAUGGGUAGGAAACCGUCGACCGUAUGUAGGAAAUAAACUUAACCACCAGACUGUGGUUGCAAAGAGAAGCCACAAAAGCUGCUGCAGUGUAAACCGAAUGUAGCAAAAUGUGACAUGUCUGUAUGCAACAUGCUCUGAGUGCUGACAUUAUGAACCACGGACAGACAACCAAUUUCCUCCUCCUCCUCCACACUCUUUUAACAUGUUGUUGUUUGACAGCAAAAAACCCACGACAAAUCUAUGUGGCAGCUUCUGAUGAGCACACACUUCAGUAUCUACUGCAGAAUGUUUUUUAAAAAAAACAAACUUUCUUUUGUUG